AUGGGAACUUCAAAGCAUAGCAACUCGGCCGAGACAUCAAGCGAAGGAAUCGAUCAGCCGGAAAAGCUCAUAAGCAGUGGUGAUGAUAACGCCGGAAUUGGCCGUUCUUAUGAGUGUACUUAUUGUAAAAGAGGGUUCACAAAUGCUCAAGCUUUAGGAGGGCAUAUGAAUAUUCAUAGGAAAGAUAAAGCUAAGGCUAAGCAGAAAAACAACAACAACAAUCAUCAUCAGAAAGAUGAUCAUCGUCAUCAGACUUCUUCAAUAAGGAACAAAUCCAAUGAAGAUUAUGGUUCUUCUUCCUCCAUGCAAUUUGCACCAAAUAAUAAUUUCCAGGAGAAUCGAUCUUACAGCACAGCGAUGGCUGCUUACCUGAAUUAUCAGCUUUACUACCCUUCUUCUUUGAGCCCUAAUUCCAUAAAUGGUGAUCAGUUCUCUAGUACUUCUCCAAGGUCAUCAGCAGCCUAUCUCAGCAUGCAUGAAUUCCGUGUGGAUCAAGGCUUGAAUCUCAGUAUUAGCCCUCCAAAUAGCGCCGAUGGCGGUAAUAAUGUUGAAGUCGAUUUGGAGCUUCGUCUUGGCCAUCAUCCUUAA